CCAAUGCUAAAGUUGGAGCAUGUUGGUCAUGGGGCCUCAUGGGUUUUGCUUCAAUUUUGUUGGGCUGGACUUGAACCCAGAAAUUUUCAGAGAAUAUUUUCAGUACCAUGAAAACCGAAGGCCACAAACUCCGAGGCCGAAGAGUUCUCGAGUGAGGGAACACCGCAUGUUGUUUCUUUUCCGAUACUUCUUCAUAUUAUACGGUGUCUUACAUUGAUAGUUGACACACCCACUUAUCGUUUUUGAGUUUUCUCUCAACUUUUAUAUUCAAUUUGCUUUUCAUUUACUACUUCAAGCGACAAUCUUUGCUAAAAAAUUCAGAAGCAAUGGCCUCCUCGUUCUUACUUCGUAGAAGAGUUUCGUCUCUUGGUGUUGUUUCUCGCUUUCUUCACGCAGGAAAUAUGGAGCACAGAUGGCUGCACUUGGAAUCAAGGAUUGAGGCUUUAGUUACCCUUUUUGGUGCAACGAGAAAGUUCAGCAGUGGCACUGGUACCACAAAGUUUGACUUUACAGAUCUCACUCAUCCUCAUACAUGGUACCCAAAUGCUAGAAGGAAACAUCGCAAGGUUAUCCUGCAUAUGGGUCCCACAAAUAGUGGUAAAACACACAAUGCUCUGAAGCAACUUCAGUCAAGUUCUUCUGGCAUAUACUGUGGUCCAUUGAGAUUGUUAGCGUGGGAGGUGGCAAAAAGGUUGAACAAGGCAAAAGUUCCUUGUGAUCUCAUUACAGGACAAGAGAGAGAGGAGGCUGAUGGUGCAAAACAUAAGGCUGUGACAGUUGAGAUGGCUGAUGUAACUUCAGACUACCAAUGUGCCGUUAUUGAUGAAAUUCAGAUGUUGGGAUGUAGGACAAGAGGUUUUUCAUUUACUCGUGCUCUAUUAGGAAUCUCUGCUGAUGAGCUUCACCUUUGUGGAGAUCCAGCUGCUGUCCCCCUCAUUCAGGAAAUGUUGAGAGUGACUGGUGAUGAGGUGGAGAUUCAAUUUUAUGAGAGACUUUCACCUCUAGUUCCAAUGAAGGUUCCUCUUGGGUCCUUCUCUAAUAUACAAACAGGCGAUUGCAUUGUAACCUUUUCACGUCGUAAUAUAUACAGGCUAAAGAGGGAAAUUGAAAAUGGGGGAAAGCAUCUUUGUUCUGUUGUUUAUGGUUCGCUGCCACCAGAGACUCGAACUAGACAGGCAACAAUGUUCAACGAUGCAAGCAGUGACUUUGAUGUUCUUGUGGCUAGUGAUGCCAUUGGGAUGGGUCUCAAUCUGAACAUUUCCAGGAUCAUCUUUUCAACCAUGAAGAAAUUUGAUGGCAUUGAGAUGCGGGAUCUUAUGGUACCUGAAAUCAAGCAAAUUGCAGGGAGAGCUGGCCGGUAUGGAUCAAAAUUUCCUGUUGGUAAAGUCACUUGUAUAGAUGCAGAGGAUCUACCCUUGCUUCAUUCAUCACUUGAAUCUCCAUCGCCCACACUAGAGCUUGCUGGAUUAUUUCCUACCUUCGAUCUCAUGUAUAUGUAUUCACUUGUACACCCAACAAAUAGCCUCCAUCAGAUAUUGGAGCACUUUCUUGACAACGCUAAAUUAUCGGAAAAUUAUUUUAUUGCUGAUUGUGAAGAAAUGUUGAAAGUUGCUGCUGUUAUUGAUGAGUUGCCCCUUGGGUUGCAUGAUAAGUACCUUUUCUGCAUCAGUCCAGUUGACAUGGAUGAUGAGAUUUCAUCUCAAGGUCUUACACAGUUUGCACAAAAUUAUGCAAACAAAGGCAUAGUUCGGCUGCGAGAAAUAUUUACACCGGGGACACUUCAGGUGCCAAAAACACAAACUGCUCUCAAGGAGCUUGAAUCCAUACACAAGGUGUGAUGAGGAAAUUGUGGAUCACCUUUUGCUUCAUUGUAAGUUUGCAUAUGCUUUGUGGAAUGAGGUCCUUAUUAUGUUUGGGGUUCAGUGGGUGAUGCCGAAUACAAUUGUUUCUCUUCUUUUAGGUUGGAGGAAUUGGUUGGGAUCUUUUUCUUCAAAUGUUUGGAAUAUGGUACCAGCAUGUCUUAUGUGGUUAGUAUGGAAGGAACACAAUGCCCGAACUUUUGAGGACAUUGAGAGACCUAUAGAUCUGUUGAAGAAUCUGCUUGCUAUGACUUUGUUUGAGUGGUCUCGUAUUUGGAGUCUUACGCAUUGUAGUUCCUUGUCUGAAUUCCUUUAUCUCUAUUAGACUUUCCUUAUGAUUUGAUUGUAUUUGUUUCAAGGGCAGUGAGUUUACAAUUGUAAACACAUUGUUCUUUUAUCAUCAAUAAAACUCUUAUUACUAAUCAAAAAAAAUACUUCACUCUCCAUCCUAUUCUUAUAGGAGCAGGAGCUGUCAUUUAGGCUAGAGCUCAUGGCCCUCUUUGUCUAAUAUGAAGCAUUUGGAAUGAGCACAAUGGUAGAGAUUUUGAGGGUGUUGGGAUCUUGCUUCCCAUACAAAAAGGCAGUGUUACAAUGAUUGUUGUCCUUCUGUCUUUCCUCUAAUCGAAGAUUUUUAUUUUUCUUUAUCUCCUUUUGAAUUUAUGAUAUCUCUAAAUUGUUGGACAUGGUUGCUGUAGCUGGUUAGUAGCUCACAUAUAGAACUCAUGUAGUUGGGCAGUUCCCUUCCCUUUGUUUCCCCCUCUUGGCAGAAUAUGUACUUGCCAAGAAAAAAAUUGAAAGAAAAUACUUUUAAUUUGUGUGCAAAGUACAUUACUGUAUAUAUUCUUCUUAGAAUUCAUAUCUUGGAGACAAUCGGCUUCUGGUUGCCAUUUGGCUGUCUUCUGACAAAGCUGAUCUUAAUUUCCAUGUUAUUUAUGGAAGAUUAUGAGGUAAACUUUUCCAAAAUAUAGGAUUUUUUUGCAUUGAUUAAGUUUUAAACUUUGCAAAUAAAUUUGGGUGAAGACUUGUAAUUUGGCCAUUGUAGUGUCUACAUUCCUGCAGUUGAUGUCAUAUUGUAGAUGUAUACAUUUUGUUUUCUGUGGAAAUGAUUUCCAGAUUGACAAAGGUUUAAAGGCAAAUACAUUGAUAGUCAUUCAAGAUGUAUUUGUAGUAUUCUUUUGUCAAACUCAGAAGUUGAAUAUACCACAUUUUCUCUGACUCAUGCUUCCAAGAAAAAUGUUACUAAAAUUCAUUUUUCUUACUAUUAUAUAAGGUAGGUUUGCUACUAAAAUUUCUCUUUUGGUAC